AUGAAGUUCACCCUGGGCCUGGGGUCGCGGGCGUGGAGCGUGUCCUGGGAGCGGGCGGCAGCGGCGGCAGCAGGCUUUCAGCAAGUCUGGGAACGGGGUAUCCGGAGUAGGUGCGCCAAAAGCCGCGACAGGGCACUGAGGGCUAGAACACGCGCGCCCCGCCCCGCAGCUCCUCUGCUCCCUCGCUCACCUCGGAGUCCGACCCAGGCGGUUUGCCCAUGGACCCGCCAGUCACAUUUGGAGGUGCGCCUGAGUGCUGUCCCUCGCCCCGCGUGGGAGCCCUGGCUACCCGCCGUGUUUUCUCCCUCUUCCGCGCGCUCCCGUCGGGCGCUCGCAGAGCAGACCUAUGGCGAGGUGAACCAGCUGGGCGGCGUGUUCGUCAACGGCCGCCCCCUGCCCAACGCCAUCCGCCUGCGCAUCGUGGAGCUGGCGCAGCUGGGCAUCCGACCCUGUGACAUCAGCCGGCAGCUCCGCGUAUCCCACGGCUGCGUGAGCAAGAUCCUGGCGCGCUACAACGAGACCGGCUCCAUCCUCCCCGGGGCCAUCGGGGGCGGCAAGCCCCGCGUCACCACGCCCAACGUGGUCAAGCAUAUCCGGGACUACAAGCAGGGAGACCCCGGUAUCUUCGCCUGGGAGAUCCGUGACCGGCUGCUGGCCGACGGCGUCUGCGACAAGUACAAUGUACCCUCGGUGAGCUCCAUCAGCCGCAUCCUGCGUAACAAGAUCGGCAGCCUGGCGCAGCCCGGACCGUAUGAGGCGAGCAAGCAGCCGCCGUCGCAGCCAGCUCUCCCCUACAACCACAUUUACCAGUACCCCUACCCCAGCCCCGUGUCGCCCACGGGCGCCAAGAUGGGCGGCCACCCUGGGGUCCCGGGCGCAGCGGGCCACGUCGGCAUCCCGCGUUCUUGGCCCUCAGCGCACUCGGUCAGCAACAUCCUGGGCAUCCGGACGUUCAUGGAGCAGACAGGGGCCCUGGCCGGGAGCGAUGGCGCCGCCUACUCACCCAAGAUGGAAGACUGGGCUGGCGUGAACCGUGCCGCCUUCCCCGCAGCCCCGGCGGUGAACGGGCUAGAGAAACCCGCCCUGGAGGCUGACAUUAAAUACACUCAGUCGGCCUCCAGCCUCUCCGCCGUGGGAGGCUUCCUCCCGGCCUGCGCCUACCCUGCCUCCAAUCAGCACAGCGUGUACAGCGCGCCAGGCGGCGGCUACCUCGCCCCAGGCCCGCCGCGCCUGAGAUUAAAUGAGCCUGCGGGUUGCCCGACGCGGGCUCAGGCCUUCGGGUCCCCGGACAAGCCCGUCCAUGUCGCCUGGGGUCCCAGGAAAGGGAGCGGAGUGGGGAGGGACCCCGUGAGCAGGGGUGGCAUGGGUAGAGAUGAACGCGUGGCGGGUUCGCCGCUGGAGGGUGCCACCUCGAAGUGCGUGUACAGUGUCGGCAGGAAGGGUCUGGACACGCUCUUGGUUAGACCGGCCACAUGUGUGUUUAGAAAAAAAGAGCAGAGGGUCGGGGGAAAGCCGAGGGGUCGCUCUGUUCUGGAAAGGUUUUCAGACCUAUCUAAAACCUCUAGGAAAGCAGGUGUGUGUGCGCACGCGUGCGUACCCAUGUGUUCCUCGCACAGCGGUGGUCGGUCCAGCUCCGCACUACAGCAAGUUGCUCCCGGGAUUGGGGCGAGGGUACCCGCUGGAGUAAAAGAAAAAAUUCCAGAGUCCCUCUCUCGCUCCAAAUUGAGGCACUUAAGCUCCCUCGUUAAAGGAGGACUUCGAGUAGCAACCCUUCCCGAAACCCUGAAUAAUAGAGCAACACGCGGAACACCGCCCGCCCUGGAAACCCGCUGCCGCUCAAUCCAGGCCCACAGGUCCCAGGACGCGCCGCGCCUGCGAUGGCGAGAGCAUCCGCACCCCGGGCCUCGUGGGCGCGACGACGUCUGCAGCCUCCCGUGUCAGAGGGACCCAUGCCGCCCCGGGGAACGUCGAGCGCCCGGAGCUGCGGGUGUCAGCGGCUUCGACGAGCCGGCUGCACCUCGCACCUGUGCUCACGGCUGGGGCUGGGUGGCCGAUCGGAAGCCCCCCAGCCCCGGCGCCAAGGCCGCGGACGCCCUCAGUAGCCUACACGGACUGUCCAUCCCGGCCUCCACCUCCUAG